ACUGACGAAAAUGUCUGCUUUGGGGGUUUGGAUUAACGCAGUUUGGAUUUUACUUUUUGCCAUUUUUGAUGUGGCUCUUUCAAACUACUCCGAGGACCAGUGCAGCUGGAGAGGCAGUGGUUUGUCCCAGCAGCAGGGCAGCGUGGAGCAGAUCUCCCUCCACUGCUCAGAGGGCACUCUAGACUGGCUGUACCCCAAAGGAGCCCUGCGCCUCACCCUCUCACCCCGCCUGCCCUCUGUGGCGGUGGGGCCCGGCGGCAGCAGCUCAGGCCUCAUCACAGCCUGCGUCAAGCCCUCGGAGCAGUUCCACGGAGCCCAGCUCUACCUGGAGAGAGACGGUGUCCUGGAGCUGCUGGUAGGGGACCGCCUGGAGUCCUCUCCCCCGCCGAGGGUCCGGUGCUUCAGCCGCCUGCCUGGGGAGAGGGUGGCCCUGUUCCUGCAAGCUACACCUCACCAGGACAUCAGCAGGAGGAUCGCCUCCUUUCGCUACGAGCUGAGAGGGGACUGGACCGCUCGCCUGUCACUGGACUCCAACACCAUCAGCAGUGAAGAUGCCUGCAGACCCUGCAACAACACAGAGAUUCUGAUGGCUGUUUGCACCAGUGACUUUGUGGUGCGCGGUAACAUCCGUUCAGUGGCGGAAGACGAGAACUUGCGGGCAGCAGUGAUCAAGGUCAGCGCCACGCGGGUGUUUCGUCAGAAGUACGCCCUGUUCACCGGCAACAGUCGCCUGACCAGCAAGGGUGAGAUCAGGACUCUGCUGCAGUGUGGCGUCAAACCGGGGCCAGGCAGCUUCCUUUUCACCGGCAGGGUCCACUUUGGGGAGGCCUGGUUGGGCUGCGCUCCCCGCUACAAGGACUUCCAGCGGGCGUACACUAUAGCCAAAGCAGCCCAGCAAAUACCCUGUGAACUGCCUGUAGACUGAGUUCAAACUCUGCAGCGGCUCGUCUAUCGCACAGAAUCAAGGCUGUCCUCAAAGCCAGGCCAAACUCAGCCCUGCUCCAUGUUUCGGAAAAAGCCACGAUGCGCAACUGUCGGUCGAUGUUGCCAUGGCGCCACCGACGGGUAUUCCCAAAGGACUGAGGAGUGAAAUGGACUUUCCCAACACCAUUUCAGUGCAAUAUGCACUCACCUGGUCCAAAAGACCUGGUGGAGUUGAGACAUGAGAGACAUGGUGGAAAUAAAGAUUAGAAGCAUUUGGCAUUGGACAGUUGUAGAAACAGUGAUGCCAUCAUGCUGGUUCAGAGAAAAUCUUUUGAAAAGCUUUCCAUUCGGGAUAAAUUAAGUUAAGCCAUUAAUUCAGGCCUAUUCAGAGUCAUUGCUCAGAAACUCAGGAACAUUUGUGAAAAGUUCUACAGAAAAGCUUCCUGCCUUUUAGCUGGUGUCCUGGUGAGGCUACACUGAGGCUACCUUCUUUACCACAGUGUUUUUGUGCAGAAAAUGUCUGACCAUGGGACGGUGAUUUUUUUGGUUACCCCUGUACUGGGGUCAUCCUCAGUGUUACUAUUACUAAGGAGAUUAUUAAAAUAAAGGAAAUAUUAAAAAUUAUAUAUUUGCACUGAUUAAGGAAAGGGAAUGAUCUGGAAAGUGUGAUGCUGCAAGCACUGAAAACCAAAAAAAAAUAAAAAAGCAACUAUAUGUAGCAUAGUGGAGCAAGUAAGAAUUUAAUAUAUGUACAGACAAUGUGAGCACAUACAGUAGUAACACGAAGCUAAGGCUACCUUUCACAGCUCCAUAUAGUGCUGAAAGCACUUUCACAUUCUAGCCAACUCUGAGAUUGUGUUUAGGGAAGGAGACGCAGACUCAUUUUUUAUAAGAUCAUAUGUUUCAUUUCAAUAGCAAGCAAUAUUUCUUUAAAAUUGGAUUGUAUUUGACUUUAAGCAGAGUUAUUUAAAAUGAUGUUGGUUGCAGGAGUCUUGCCAAAGCAGUUACAAGUUUAGUUGUUGUCAUGUCAUUCACUGCUCUCUCCUGAUGUUGCUGUAUAUUGCUAGAAAUUAAAACUAAGAAGCAAUUUUUUUUUUGGUUUGAAAGUAAAACAAGCCAGCUUUUUAUUAAACAUUCGACAACAGCCAUUCAUAACAGAAGUCUGGUGUUAUCAUGUACUAGAAAGAUGAGUGUAAAGAUGGAGAUAUAUAUAGAGAUAAAUGUCAAAAUCCAACUUUUGGUGGAAAAAUAAAUGACUACACUGGAGAAGGCUCGCUCAAAAGAAACAAAAUAUGCAUUUAAUGUAUACAGUUCUGUUCUGUAAAGUGAUGUCAUAUGUAAUGUGCACUAUAUCAGCAAGGGGAAAGGGGUUCAUACCAAAUUACCAUGAUAUGCUGAAGCGGUAUGUCUUAAAUGCGUACACUGCCAUUUUGCUGUUUUAUUUUUCAUGUGAAUUUAUGUGAAUAUCAAUGUGAAUGUAAAUAUGUUAAUAAGAAAUUUCUAGAAACAAUGGCAUGAAAAAGGCCUGUGGAAAAAAAAAACAACUGUGUCUCAGUAUUGUGGAUUAUUUUUA